CGUUGCCCGAGGAGGAGGAGGAUGGCGGCGAUGGCCGGAGCUAGGGCCGGGGCUAGGGCAAGGGCUGGGGCUCUGCACCCUCCUCCCAGUCCCGCCGCGUCAGACAGCCUUCGUAUCUGGAGAGCCUUGACUGGUGCUCAAUAUUGUGUAAUCAUCAGUGGACAUCCCCACCUCUGACCUUAUGAUGGAGACAAGGUCAUUUCAUGAAGCAGCUGAAGAUAGUUGGGCCUCGGACAGUACCCCAAGGAACCUCUGCAGAUGUGUCCUGGACAAAGAUGGCUGACGUUCACAAACCACAACCAUCUUCCUCUGUGCCAGAUCUGUCUGCCCAGAAAACCUCAAACGCAGAUUCACGAAAGGUGACCCAGCCCUUACCCAGGGCUAGCAACAGAGGCAGAGCGUCAGCCUGCAAACAGGAGCAGCGAAAGGGUAGAUCAAGAGCGACCAUGCGGGUGGAAAAGUCACCGAAGUCGGAGAGCAGUGAGGAGGGGCCUAGCGAUGAGGACGCUGCAGAUCCUGAUGCUCUUUCAACAACAACUUCACCUGGAACACCAUCCGAGAGUGGCGAGGAGGACACUGUGGACCCUGAAACUCUUUCAGCUCCGUCUUCUCCAGAUGCGCAGUCCGAGAGCGGCGAGGAGGAUACUGUGGAUCCUGAGGCUCUUUCAGCUCCGUCUUCUCCAGAAGCAGAUUCCGAGGCCGAGAGCGCAGAGAAUGGUUCAAGUGAUGGCCCUGAAGACGCAGAACAGACAAAGUCCCAGAACAGGGCACUAGAACGCGAGACUAUGGAGAAGGGCAAAUCGGCACAGCCGUCACCAUGCCCCAAUGCCGCCAAUUGCCAAAUGGACUCGACACGCCCUGUUUUUCCCCGAUCCCUGAAAGCUGGCGAGGGUUUUGUGUGCACCGUCUGCGGGAAGCGGUUCAAGACCCUGGUGUGGAUGGAGAAGCACCGUGACACACACACACGGGGCCGCGUGUUCCAGUGCUCCGACUGCGGCAAGAGUUUCAACCAGCUGCACAGCCUGAGGAACCAUUGCAACCUGCACAGCCACGAAAAGCCAUACACGUGCUCUAUCUGCGACCGCACCUUCAGCGGCUCUGACAGCCUCAUGAUGCACAAGUGCGCAGACGCCGGCGAGCAGCCCUACAAGUGCGGGGUCUGCGGCAAGGGCUUCAGCUACCCGUCCAAGCUGGAGACCCACUGGCGCAGCCACACCGGCGAGCGGCCCUUCAGCUGCUCGGUGUGCGGCAAGCGCUUCACCCAGACAUCCAACCUUCUGACCCACCAACGCAUCCACUCGGGCGAGCGGCCUUUCACGUGCUCGGUGUGCGGUAAGGGCUUCACCGGUUCGUCCAACCUGCAGAUCCACCAGCGCACACACACCGGCGAGCGGCCUUUCAACUGCACACUGUGCGGCAAGGAGUUCACCCAGGCUUCCAGCCUGCUCACCCACCAGCGCAUCCACACCGGCGAGCGGCCUUUCACCUGUUCCAUGUGCGGAAAGGGCUUCACCCGCAGCUCCCACCUACUCACCCACCAGCGCAUCCACACCGGCGAGCGGCCCUUCACCUGUGGCGUCUGCGGCAAGGGCUUCACCCGCAGCUCCCACCUAGUCACCCAUCGGCGGGUGCACACCGACGCCCGGCCCUUCAAGUGCCCCGACUGUGGCAAGACCUUCAAGGGCUCAGAGGAGCUGGUCAAACACCAGCGGGUGCACACUGAUGAGCGGCCCUGCGGCUGCCCGCUGUGUGGUAAGCGCUUUCGUCAGCUCUCCCACCUGCUGACCCACCAGCGGGUGCACACCGGCGAGCGGCCCUUCGCCUGCCCCAUCUGCAACAAGGAGUUCACCCAGUCCUCCCACCUGCUGCGACACCAGCGGCUGCACGCUGGUGGGCAGCGGCCCUUCAUCUGCUCUGCCUGUGGCAAGGGCUUUUCCCAGUGGCCGGAGCUGCUGGCCCACCAAUGCGCGGUGCCCGGUCAGCCGCAGUCGGCCUCUGAACCCGUAGUGUACGUGCAGUUCCAGAAAGGUGAAGGGAGAGGGAGGAGAUGUUGGCGUGUGAAGAAUAACCACGCAAGAGGAUUUGUGCUGCUGGAGACGGCCUGUGGUGGAGGAGAGGAGGUGAACUUCUCGUUGCAGUCCGUCCUGAUAAGGUCCUUAAUCCACCAGCUGGACCGAGAGAUGGGCAGAAUGAGGCCGCUUUCUCUCAAACACUCCUUGAGGAAAACGCCUGUUGAACAGCCAGGAGGAAUGAGAGAGAGGCCCUUAGAUGAUGUGGGUGAGAUCCCAUAUGAGUACUUUGCAUUGGUAGUCACCCAGGAGAAGAACAUGGAGGAUAGGGAGAUUAGUGCAGAGUAUACUAACGUGGUGUGGCAUUUUGAGACCAAGAAAGAAGUGAUGUUGGAUCUCUUGAGGAGCAUUAAGUCCACAGGGCCCAAUGGGGCCAGCUUAUUGACAAAGGCAGUCAUGGCAUCAAGGCUGCAGCAUCUGCUGUCUGUCUUGUCCUCACAUGUUUCUUCAAUGCUAGGCAAAAGGGGAGAACCCACAGGUUCUGACAUCCUGCUGGAUGUGCUAGCCAUUCUCGGAAACAUCCUCGGAAGCGGCUCCGCGCCAACACUACACCGCAGUCCGGGAGAGAAUUCCACGAUUUUGACAAAUACACUGAAGGAGCAGGCAAUAAAUAUCCAAAUCAGAACGCAAUUCUUGCACUCCCAGGUGACUGCGUAUGAAGUGCAUUGUGACUGCAUUUGCCUCCCUUACACUUUCAAGAUGUCGGAAGAGGACAAUUUUCGGGAGCCACAUACGUCCCAAGCCUUGAAGCUGAGAGUUGCCGGGCCAGAGAAGUUGGAGCCAAGGCAGACCAGUGAGAAGCCAUACCCGUGCUCACUGUGCGACUGUGCCUUCAGCCGUUUGUCCAACCUCAACAUACACAUGCGCAGUCACACCGGCCAGCAGCCUUACAAGUGCAGUGACUGCGGCAAGGGCUUUAACUACCCAUCAGAGCUUGAGACCCACCGGCGCAGCCACACCGGCGAGAGACUCUUCAGCUGCCUGGUGUGUGGCAAACGCUUCACUCGCAGCUCCCAUCUACUAACCCACCGGCCGGUGCAUACCGGCGAGCGGCCCUUCACCUGCUCAGUGUGCGGCAAGGGCUUCACCCAGUCGUCCCACCUCCUGACGCACCGGCACAUCCACACCGGCGAGCGGCCCUUCCGCUGUGCCAUCUGCGGCAAGGGCUUCACGCAGAUGUCCAACCAGUUGCGGCACCAGCGGGUGCAUGCCGGCGAACGGCCCUUUCUCUGCUCGCUUUGUGGCCGGACCUUCACGCAGUCCUCCACCCUGCUGCGGCACCAACGCACCCACACUGGCGAGCGGCCCUUCCCCUGCCCAGUCUGCGGCAAGGGCUUCACCCGCAGCUCUCACCUGCUCACCCACCAGCGGGUGCACACCAGUGAGCGGGCAGCCCCGCGGGGGACUGGGAGCCCGGUCAGGACAGGCUGGGAAAGGGGCCCCAGCAUCAGCUGGGAGGACUGGCACGGGAGCAGGCUGUGCCCGGGGGCACCAGCAGGUCAGGAUGGUGCGUGGCUCAAAGGAGAAUUGCAGAUGGUGCGGUGCUCCCAUAAUCUGUUGCCCUUGUCUUCCUCGAUGGUGGGGAUCGACGAUUUGUGAGGUGCUCUGGGAGGAGGCUUGGUGAGUUGUAUUAUGAAGAUGCUACGCACUGCUCCUCAUUGCCAUUCUAGAUAUCUGUAAUCUUGCAACUUUUGGCCUAUUUGCCACCUCCCUGAAAGCAGCUGUUGCCUCUAUCUGCACCCAUGGCCUGUUCUUCCAUAAUUGUAAGUAACUCAAAGCUAUCAUCCUGGAAUCUGUUCUUUGAACAAAAUUCUGGUCCUGGGUCUUAAAUUUCAGCUUGGAUAUCAUCUUCAGUGCAGUCACCUCUUGUUCAUUGCAAUGUUCUUCGUGUGGCAUGGAACCCAUUCCUACCAGAGAUGGCAAAAAAUUUUGAAUGGCCAUCGCAGUAUCAUGCACUGCAUUCAGACAGAGAACGUGUUAAACACCUCUGAAAUGUCAGAGAAAUCUGGUACACCCUUUUUCCUGAAGGUCGAUCAUCCCUAUUGAAUGAGGAGCCCCACUGACUAGCAGGACAGCCAAUUAGGGAGAGCCUGUUUGACGCAAAUUAACUUGAACAUGCUCUCAUACUAACAUCAGCUCCUUCAGAAACACAGAUUGGCAACGAAACAAAGCUAGCACGGACUCUGUGAAUCAUUGCUACUCACCAGGCAGCCACUUCUGCCAGUACUGUAAAUGUGAAAGUGAACUGAAUAAAAUUUGCAAAUAGCAAUCGUCAAGUUGUUUGCAAGUCUUUUGGACGAGGAAUUCAAUUUGGAGACAGUGCUGCACGAUCGCACGGCAUAAUAUCUUUUGGCUGUGAAGCUGAUGGUCAGAGAACUUGACCUUCCCACCUCUCCAACUGCCACCCUGGAGGCAAUAAAAUCGGCACAGGACCCAAGGUCGGGAAGGACAGUAACAUCCCAGUCAGCAUGAGAAGGUACUGAGAGGCAGUGGUACUGCCACUGGACCAUUCUUGGAACAUGGCCUUGAGUUCCACGAUGACAGUGAGAUGUGCACUUCAGCAUGGUCAACAUCAGAUUUCAAGAUCUUCCUACCUACUAACCUCAUCCCACCUCCUUGACCUGUCCGUCUUCCCUGGACUGACCUAUCCCCUCCCUACCUCCCCAUCUAUACUCUCCUCUCCACCUAUCUUCUUUUCUCUCCAUCUUCGAUCCCCCUCCCCCUCUCUCCCUAUUUAUUCCAGAACCCUCACCCCAUCCCCCUCUCUGAUGAAGGGUCUAGGCCCGAAGCGUCAGCUUUUGUGCUCCUGAGAUGCUGCUGGGCCUGCUGUGUUCAUCCAGCCUCACAUUUCAUUAUCAGAUUUCAAGAAGUGGGAUUGAACUAUUUUGAUUUGCAAAAUUGAUCAUUUCUCUGAGUGAGAUAUGCACUAUAGAAUGAUCUAUGUUAUACUUUAAGAAGUUUCUAGAAAUGUUGUUUUUUUGGUGUGCAAAGUUGCUUAUAUCUCCGAGAUAAUUUAGUGUGACGUAAAUCAGAUUUCAAGAUGUUUGGUUGAAUUGCCGGUUAUGAUAUGCCGAGAUAUGUACUUUUGUAUGAUUUGCAACAGCAUUUAUGAAAUUUGAUCGAAUUGGACAUUCUACUGUUCAAUGAUGCUUAUCUCACUGAGAUAUACUCUCUUGUAGCGUUCACAUCAGAUUUUAAGAAAUUUAGUUGAGUUGGAGAUUUUGAUGUGCCAACGUGCUUAGCUCACUGAGUUAUGCAUUUCAGCAUGAUCCUGACCAGAUUUCAAGAUGUUUGAUGGAACUAGGGAUUUAGAUGCGAGAAAUGUGUUUUUAGUACUGCCCACAUUCGAUUUGAAGAAUUUCAAUGGACGGUGAGAUUUUGAUGUUCCAAUGGGCUUAUCUCACUGAGAUAUGCAUUUUAGUCGCAUCAGCAUCAGAUUUUAAGAAGUUUGAGUGACUGAGAGCUUUUGAUGUUCCAAUGUCCUUAUCUUACAGAGAUAUGCACUUUAGUAUGAUCUGUAUUAAAUUUUAAGGAGUUUGGUUGAAUUGAAUGUUUUGCAGUUCAAAGUUGCUUAUCUCACUGAGAUUUACAGAGGGGAGGCAAUGACAUUGACGUAUUAUCACUGCACUGUUAAUCCAGAGACCCAAGUAAAUUUUUGGGGCAGCAUGGUGGCUCAGUGGUUAGUACCGCUACCACACAGCACCAGGGAUCCGGGUUCAUUUCCACCGUCGGGCAACUGUCUGUGUGGAGAUUGCACAUUCUCUCCAUGUCUGCAUGGGUUUCCUCCCACAGUCCAAAGAUGUGCAGGCUAGGUCAAUUGGCCAAGUUAAAUGUGCCAAUGUGCACAAAUCACUGAGGCUCAUUUCAGUACCAUCAGCAUGAGACUUGAAGAAGUUUGAUGACUGAGAGGUUUUGAUGUUCCAGUGCACUUAUCCCAUUGCGAUAUGCACUGAAGUAUGAUCUACAACACAUUCCAAGAAGGUUGAUUGAAUUGUAUGUUUUGCUCUUCAAGUCUGCUUAUUUGACUGAGAUAUGCAUUUCAGUACCAUCUGCUGCAGAUUUUAAGAGUUUUAAUAGACCUAGGGAUUUUAAUGUGCCAAUGUGCUUAUUUGAGCGAGAUAUGCAUUUUAGUUCCAACAGCAUCUGAUUUGAACAAAGUUUGAUGGACAGAAAGGUUUUGAUGUUCAACUCUGCUUAUCUCACUGAGAUAUGCACUUUAGUACUAUCACCAUCAGAUUAUAAGAGGCUUUUCACUGACAGGCUUUGAUAUUCUAAAGUCAUUACAUCAGUGAGAUAUGCACUUUAGUAACAUCAGCACUAGAUUUUAAGAAGUUGACAGUCUGAGAGAUUUUGAUGUUUCAGUGUGUUUAUCCCAAUGAAAUAUGCACUUUAGUACUGGGGUUAAAAUUGCUUCAGAGAUAGUAGGAACUGCAGAUGCUGAAGAAUCUGACAUA